GGCUGGAGCUCAGGAACACCAUCCAGAUCCAGGGCUUCCUCUCUGGUCCCCAACCAUGCAUGUCCUAUUUCCUAUCUUUGCCAGCCUUGUGCUACAGUACCAGGUGAAUACAGAAUUUUUAGUAGCGAAAAGAUGUUUAAGUGGUUUUGGGAAAUGCAAGAAUAAAUGCGAUGCAGAUGAAAAAGAAGUACAAAUAUGCAAGAAGAAAAAGUGCUGCAUUGGGCCAAAGGCGAUCCGGCUCAUAGACACCUACCUGAAAAAGCAGAUACCCCAUGUACCUACUGACGACGUGAUAGACAUGCUAAGAGACAAGGAUUUUAGUGCUGUGCUGGGAAGAAACCAGAUUUUACCUGUUGUCACUGUAAGUUCUGGCCAUUUUCCCAGUGUCAACUCUGACAUCAUCUCCGAGGAUGCCCCUGUGAAUGCUGUCACCAUCAGAAACCAGGGCCCAGAACAGACCAUCUAUACUGCCACUUUUACCAAAAGUGAUACCAAGCAAAGUGGAGGUGCUGUCAACAUCUCCAUGACACCACCAUCACCACCGUAGAGACCACCAGUGUCACCAGUGGAACUGGAGGAAGCCAAUGAGUAGUCAUGAGGCUCUUUCUCUGAAAUCGAGUUUUUCUCCAUUUCCACCUUCUAUAAUAUCAACAUAUAAUCAUUGCUUCUGUCAGCAGCUAUUCAAUAAAUAUUGUUUAAGCACC